UGCUUACAGAAGAGGAAUACAUACAAGUGCUAAAGUAAUGGCUUGGUGUUGUUUCUCUCUCCUGGCUAUGUCUGUGUUUCUGACACUCUACACCUGCAAAGCCUUUAUCCUGCCUCCUAUGAACCAUCUUACGCUCAGUAACUUCUCCUGGUCUAACUGUGAAGAAAAUCUUCCUGGAAGAGUGAAACAUCUAAUUUUCAACCCAAACGUUAUAUCCUUUCCUGGGAUAUUAAACUUUUCAGAAAGUUAUGAAACAAAUGUACCACUGAUUUCUCCCUUGAAGAUUGUAUAUAAUGUAGAAAGGGAAAUUCUAGGUGACUGGAUCAAUGUUCCAUGCUUCGAAAACUUUGGCAGUUGUACUUUGGACAAUCUUUGCAACUUGCUUGACUUAAUCUUUAAGCCAGGAGAGGCGUGCCCGGCACUCCUGAGUACCUACAACAUACCUUGCCACUGCCCCUUCAAAGCAGGAACUUACACUUUUCCUAAAAUAAGCAUUCAUUUACCUAAUCUCAAAGUGCCGACUUGGCUUGUCAGUGGCAAAUACCACACAACUGAAAUGAUAUACUCAGGGGAAGAGAAGGUUAGCUGCACCCAGUACUCUUACUCCCUACAGUGAAGUCUAUAAAUAAAAAUUUUGCUUCUGGAGAAAAAGGAAGAGAAACGCCCCAUCUAUGCAACAGUUCAUCCAAAGAUUGUCAAUUUGCUAGCUCUUUAAUAAAGUACCAUGCAUUAAUGAAUAUAUAAUUGAACCCUUGUGUGCACACUGAUAUUAUCAUAUUUAACAAAAACAUUUUUCCUCUUAAAAUUAACCUAAUAUUCUUAACUGAAUAUGCUGACCUUUGUGGGAGUGGCAAUGUAGUUUUUUUUUUUUGCAAGAAUAAUAAAAACAAGGCUUUACAAUGA